AUGGAGUACGCGGGGGUUGGGGUGGGAGGCAUGGAGGAGGGCAUGGUGCAGCUGCAGCAGCGGCUGAGGUCAGCUGAGGCCAAGGCGGAAGAGGUGCUGCUGGUGAAGCAGGAGGUAAGCGAGGGAGAUUCACUGCUUUUGGGUGGGACGUUCACCUCUCCCGGGGUUGCACAUCAGAGAUGCUGUGCCUCUGCUGUCGUUCCCCUUGCUGUCCUCUCUCACGUCCAACCCCUCCCCUUCACCUCUCACAUCCACCGCGCCGCCCCCCUCUCCCCGCUUGCCGCCCAUCCAUUUACCAUUCACACUCGCCCCUCUCAUCCCCGUCUGGUGGAUACGCACAGGCAGGGCAUGCAGAAGGGAACUCAUUACAUCACCCCUCCCACUUACUCCUCUCCAUCCACGCCACUACCCCUCUCGUUCUCUGCUGCCCCGCAUCCCUCCCCUCAUGCUCGUAGUGCGUCUGGAUCGCCGCUAGUGGAUUUGGAUCGGCAGCGCAAUGCGGGCAGGGAGGCCAUCACGGCGCUCAAGAAGCAUGCCAGGGGGGCGGCUGCCAGGAGAGCAGGGGCACGCAGGGAGGGGGGCUCUGGAGGAGGUGCUGCUGGGGAAGGUGUAUCUGCAGAGUCACACAGGCCACUUGUAAUCCCCUUGCCUGCAGUGCCAUGCGGCAUGUCAGAUUCGGUUGGGGGUUCGGAGUGUGCUGUGUGUGGGGCGGUGGGGCAGAAGGAGCGAGUGUGGGUGGCGAUGGGCAGAGGGGAGGUGUUUGUUCGCAUGCCGCUGCACCAUGCGCAUGUGCAUGUGAAGCGAGCCUUUGUCAGAUCGAGCCUGUUUGCUCGUCUAUACUCCUCGGCCCUGACCAUUCAGCUAUUCACCGCAUUGACACCCUCUGCGCUCUUCAUGUCUCCCACUGCUCCGUCCUUCCAGCCGUUGACCGCAUGGACCCUCAUUGCCCUCUAUCCCCCAGCAGGCAUUCAGCGCAUGGACGAGCAGAUGGAGGAGGGGAGGGAGAAGCAGAAGGCGGCAGUGAGGCAGCUCACAGAGGAGGGUGGGCUGGCAGGCCGCGUUGGGGAGGGCAUAGUGCAUGCACUCACAACGUUGAAGGAUGCAAGCAAAUAG